UUGCCUACUUGCCAAUCAGAACUACGUCAGCAAUUUAAAAGGGCGAGAUAUAUUGCAAAUGUAUGGAGAAAUGCACACCUCCGCGUUCCAAUGGAUCUGGAGCCUACAAAUUGCGGCUGGGUAGAGCAGGCAUCAAUGUAUGAAUUUAAAUGGUUUGAGGGCCCUCAAGUACCUUUAACAGUCAACGAUGUUAUACAACAAAAUGAAAACGAAGAAUCUGGAGCUCAAGAUGAUGAGUCAGAUAUUGAGUAUGCCAGUGAGGAAGACGAGCAUGAGCAGUCAGAUUGCGAAUGUUAA